CUGUGCUGGGGUGCGGACGGUACCGGGGUGCGCGUGUGCUGUGUUGGGGUGCGGACGGUACCGGGGUGCGCUUGUGCUGUGUUGGGGUGCGGACUGUGUACCGGGGUGCGCGUGUGCUGUGCUGGGGUGCGGACGGUACCGGGGUGCCCGUGUGCUGUGUUGGGGUGCGGACUGUGUACCGGGGUGCGCGUGUGCUGUGUUGGGGUGCGGACGGUACCGGGGUGCGCGUGUGCUGUGUUGGGGUGCGGACUGUGUACCGGGGUGCGCGUGUGCUGUGCUGGGGUGCGGACGGUACCGGGGUGCGCGUGUGCUGUGCUGGGGUGCGGACUGCGUACCGGGGUGCCCGUGUGCUGUGCUGGGGUGCGGACGGUACCGGGGUGCGCGUGUGCUGUGCUGGGGUGCGGACGGUACCGGGGUGCGCGUGUGCUGUGUUGGGGUGCGGACGGUACCGGGGUGCGCGUGUGCUGUGUUGGGGUGCGGACGGUACCGGGGUGCCCGUGUGCUGUGUUGGGGUGCGGACUGUGUACCGGGGUGCGCGUGUGCUGUGUUGGGGUGCGGACGGUACCGGGGUGCGCGUGUGCUGUGUUGGGGUGCGGACUGUGUACCGGGGUGCGCGUGUGCUGUGCUGGGGUGCGGACGGUACCGGGGUGCGCGUGUGCUGUGCUGGGGUGCGGACUGCGUACCGGGGUGCCCGUGUGCUGUGCUGGGGUGCGGACGGUACCGGGGUGCGCGUGUGCUGUGCUGGGGUGCGGACGGUACCGGGGUGCGCGUGUGCUGUGUUGGGGUGCGGACGGUACCGGGGUGCGCGUGUGCUGUGUUGGGGUGCGGACGGUACCGGGGUGCGCGUGUGCUGUGCUGGGGCGCACAAGUGCCCUGUGGGUGCGCGGGGGUGAGACGCGCUUCCCGAGCAGGCGAGGAACCGGUGGGGGUGCCCGCACGGUGAGCCCCGGUGCCCGCGCCCCGGCCGGAGGUGGGAACCCGCCCGGACGCGCCCGCGUCAGCACACACCCCCACGACGUCCGAGGACCAGAAGGCCCCGUCCCCGCGGAGAGGAGCACCUCCCUCUACCGCCCAGGGCGCCCCGCCCCGGCCGCGCAGAACUCUCCCCGGCCCCCAGGGCCGCAGCCGAGCGGGCGCCCGGCCGGCUGGAGGAGGUACAGCCGCCGCUCCGCGACCUCCUCUUCCGAGGUUGGAGGGACCAGGUACAGCUGUGGGCCGACUGUCUACGAUCACGCACACCUGGGCCAUGCGUGCUCGUACGUCAGAUUUGAUAUCAUCCGCAGGAUCCUCACCAGGGUGUUUGGUUGCAACAUCGUCAUGGUGAUGGGAAUCACGGAUGUGGACGAUAAAAUAAUCCGCAGGGCCGCCGAGAUGAACGUGUCGCCCGCUUCUCUCGCCAGUCUGUAUGAAGAGGAUUUUAAACAAGACAUGGCAGCCUUGAAGGUCCUCCCCCCGACGGUGUACUUGAGGGUGACUGAAAAUAUUCCUCAGAUCAUUUCUUUCAUCGAAGGAAUCAUUGCUAAUGGGCACGCUUACCCCACAGCACAAGGCAAUGUCUACUUCGACCUGCAGUCGAGAGGAGACAGGUACGGCAAGCUGGUCGGUGUGGUCCCCGGUCCCGUCGGAGAGCCUGGUGCGACAGACAAGCGGCACGCCGGCGACUUUGCCCUGUGGAAGGCGGCCAGGCCGCAGGAGGUGUUCUGGGCGUCCCCCUGGGGAAAUGGAAGGCCUGGCUGGCACAUAGAGUGUUCCACCCUCUCCAGUCUGCUGUUUGGAAGCCAGCUGGACAUCCACUCGGGCGGCGUCGAUCUGGCUUUUCCGCAUCACGAGAACGAAAUCGCCCAGUGCGAGGCCUUCCAUCGGUGCCGGCAGUGGGGAAACUAUUUUCUGCAUUCUGGGCAUUUGCACGUGAAAGGCAAAGAAGAAAAAAUGUCCAAAUCGCUGAGAAAUUACAUCACUAUUAAGGACUUUCUGAAGACGUUUUCCCCUGAUGUCUUCCGCCUCUUCUGCAUGCGGAGCAGCUACAGGUCAGCCAUUGACUACAGCGAUGGCACCAUGCUCGAGGCCAAGCACCUCCUCCUGGGGGCGGCCGCGUUCGUGGGGGACGCCCGGGCUUACAUGAAGGGACAGCUGGUGUGCGGCCCCGUCAGGGACGAUGUGCUGUGGGAGAGGCUCCGCCACACCAAGGAGGCCGUGAAGGCUGCCCUGGCGGACGACUUUGACACGCCCGCGGCCGUGGACGCGGUCAUGGAGCUCGUGCACCACGGGAACAGACAGCUGAAGGCGCACGCUCAGGAACCCAGCGGUCCCCGGAGUCCCGCCGUGUUCGGCUCCAUCGUGUCCUACGUCGAGCAGUUCUUCGAGACCGUUGGGAUUUCUCUGGCGGAGAGACAGUCUGUUGCAGGGGACAGCAGCCGGGCCACUCUGCACAGCGUGGUGGACGAGCUGGUCCGCUUCCGGCUGCGGGUGCGGCAGUUCGCCCUGGCCACAGGAGCGGCCACCCGGGAGGCCCGACAGCAGCAACUGCUGGACAGGCAACCCCUGCUGGAGGCGUGUGACACUCUGCGCCGGGACCUUGUCGCCCACGGCAUCAGCAUUAAGGACCGGAGCAGCACGUCCACAUGGGAGCUGCUGGACCAGAGGACGGAAGACCGCAGACCGGGGAGCUGACGGCCCCCAACACUGUCCUGUGCUGACGCGGAGGCCUCCUGUCCUGCCUGUCCAGUCAGCAUUAAAGUCAGUCCAACCGAU